AACGGAAAUGUAAAAUGUACAGGCUUUACACAGUCCACGCAGCUUCGCUUCGAACAGAACCGCACCUUCGCUGGUCUGGUGGCCGAAUUACUGUUACAUCAGUUGAAGUCUUGAUAGCAGAUCACACUCGCGACAUGUUUCAACAGUUGACCGCGGCGGAUAACUAGGUCCAACACAAACUUACACUGUGAAACCAGCCCGGAAUUAUUUUAUGAGGACAAAGAAAAAUGAGGAACCAAACUGCGUCAGGCCAACAAAUACAAAUUGAUAAUAAAAAGUUAACUUCACCGAGACUUCCAGCUAAGAGAUACCAUCACCGGGCAAAUGGCAAGAACCUCACCUAUUAAAGUCUGUGUGCCCAUCUUAAAUCUGGAUUUUCCCUCCUUAUACAUCAAUAAAUCGGCAGCCUGAAAUCAGCUUUGGAUCAAUGGUGAAUUCAACGAUCAAUCUUAAUGAAGAAAGAUUCUGGCAAAUUAUAAAUAUGCUGUUCAGAACUCUUUAAAGUGUCUUCAUAAGAAUAUCAUCCAGCAUAUGGUCUUUUUCUAAUCACGGCAAAUAUUCUUCAGAUUUCAUUCUCCUUUUCCCAGUUUAGCCAGGUUUAUUCCCAGUUUGAGGAAAUUGGAAAAUGAAAAACAAUUCAUCGAACUGCGGUCAUGAUAGGUAUGCAGCUGAUUUCCAGUAUGCUGUCAUGUACGUUGUAAUAUUUAUACCGGGCCUUAUCGCGAAUGUCCUAGCUCUUUGGGUAUUCCACGCCUAUAUCAAAGAAACAAAGAGGGCAGUGAUAUUCAUGAUCAACUUGGCCAUUGCGGACUUGGCACAAGUAAUGUCCCUACCCCUCCGGAUAUUCUACUACCUGAACCAGGAUUGGCCUUUUGGCAGAUUUUUGUGCAUGUUUUGCUUCUAUCUUAAAUACGUGAACAUGUACGCGAGUAUAUUCUUUCUCGUUUGCAUCAGCGUCCGACGGUGCCUGUUCUUAAUUCAGCCCUUCAAGUACACGGACUGCAAACGGAGAUACGAUGUCUAUGUGAGCAUCGUAGGCUGGCUUAUCGUGGGGGCAGCUUGCCUGCCUUUUCCGUUAAUGAGAAUAGAUACGAGAAACAACUCUGCCCAUUUCAACAGCUGCUUUACAGCUCUUCCUAUCAUAGAAAUUGAUACCCCUACCUCUGUUGCCUUGGUCACAUUGGCUGAACUAACAGGUUUUGUGCUACCACUUAUCAUUACGAUGAUCUGCUCGUGGAAAACCAUCAUGUCCUUGCGAAAGAAAAACUCCGUCUUGCAAGACAGUGGGGAAAAGACGAAAGCCUUAAAAAUGGUCUUGACCUGCACCAUAGUCUUCCUGAUUUGUUUUGCACCAUAUCACAUCACCUUUCCUUUGCAUUUCUUGGUUUUAUCAGGACGCAUUGAAGAUUGUACCACCAGGAGGCUCAUACUCAAAUUCCACCCAAUUGCCCUGUGUCUAGCCAGUCUAAACUGUUGUCUAGACCCAAUCAUAUACUACUUCACAACAGACGAGUUCCGGAGAAGACUGUCUCGGCAAGAAAUCAAUGAAAACAGUGUUCAGCUCCAUUUCGCAGACUGAAGGUGAAGAACUUGUUUAUGGUCUCUUUGCAAAUAGAGACAAGGACAUUGAAAGAGGGUUUCCCAACUCUCAACGCCUCCAGCUUGCUAUCAUUUUUUUAAAAGUAAUUUUGUAUAUUUAUAUGAAGUAUUUGUAAAUGUUCUCCCCUAAGG